AUGGCAAAGAUAUACAAUUCCCCCGUGAUGUCGGGCCUUCUUUCUUUAUUGAUGGCUGCCGUCUCGGUGCAAGCCGAGAUCCAAUCCAUCGCCCCGCCUGAAGGAUGCCCAAUGCCAACUUGGACGGUCAGCAAUUUUCACUGGUACAAUGGAUCUCAUAGCUUGGACUGUAUUCACAACCAAGUGGACAUCGACACGAAAGGCUGUCUCUGUGGCAGAUCGUGGUGUGAACCUGAUCCUGUGACUUGCAAUGGUACUAUGGUCAAUGUGUGCUGGACUGGGAUGCCCAACUACGAGCCAUGGGGAUACGGCCCACUGCAGACGUUGGAUAUCGGAUUCGAGGAUGGCCUGACUUGCCAUGACCAGUAUAUUGGGUAUCGCAUCCACGAUAUUGGGAAUGGUGAGAGCAACUGCGGAUAUGCGGAUCGCGGGGCUGGGCGAAUUGUUGCUUUCUACGGAACAUCAAACUUGGAAAGUUCGACCGGCCACAUUGAUUAUACCCUUGGAAGUGGACAUGCUCUCCAAUGCAAUAACGGCAGCAGGAUCACAUAUUCCGGAAGCACGGACUUCCCCCUCAGCUGCGCCCACGAUUCUUUCUUCAAUGCCACUUGCACUGCGCCAGUGUUCCAAGUUCCCAUUCUUAGCUAUGAAUGGGUAUCCUAA